AUGGCACCUGGACAGUCGCGCGUAGCGGUAUUUGGUUUACUUAACUCUGAAAACUAUCGUUCCGCUAAAAGUUGUUUAGAAGACUUAAAACGAACUCAUCCAUCUCAAUUCAAAUCGAUUGAUUUUCAUCCAUUGUUAGAAUUCGAAUGGAAACAAUUUUUAAAAUCAAAAAAGGCAGAACUAAGAGGUGAAACAUGGUCAUUUAUACAUGAUGCUAUGGUAUUUAUUGAUGAUCAACUGCUAGGAGGUUCUGAACAAUUGCAGAUAUGGGCACAAUCUAAUUUUGGUUAUGGCGAUUUUCGAGCCCCAGAAUUACUUGCCGUAUUAUCAAAUGAAGAAUACGUAAAACGUUUUCACGAUAGUGGAAAUUCAUUCGUAUUUAUGGACUUUGUUGUCGAAGAUCGAGAUGGUAAUAGUAGUUCAAUUGGACGACUUAUUUUUGAAUUAUUUAACGAUGCUGCACCAAAAACAUGUGAAAAUUUUUAUUCAUUAUGUACGGGUGAAAAAGAUGUAAAUUUGAAAACUGGUAAUAAAUUACACUAUAAAAAUACAAUCAUACACAGAAUAGUACCAAACGGAUGGAUUCAAGGUGGUGAUACAUGGGGAGGACGAGGAAAUGGUGGUGAAUCGAUUUAUGGAGAAACAUUUGAAGAUGAAAGUUUUAUUGUACCACAUGAUCGUCGAGGUGUUUUAGGCAUGGCCAACAAAGGUAUUCGUCAUUCGAAUGGUUCACAGUUUUACAUAACAUUGUCUAAUGCAUGUAACUGGAUGGACAAACGUUUUGUUGCAUUUGGACAUAUUAUUGAAGGAUUUUCAACUUUAGCAGAAAUUGAACGCAUUGAAACAUUAAAUCAACGACCAAUUAGAACUGUGAGAAUAGUGGAUAGUGGAGCAGUAAACUUAGAUCACCUUGAUACAUCUGAAUAG